AUGUAUGGAGUUGAAUUAAUAAUAAUGAUUGUUGCAACUUUCGGAUCUGCAAUUGCUUCCAAUUCUUUUGCUGUUUCAGUUAUAGGCCUUAUUAUAUUUUGGAGAGUGAUUUUAGGUAUUGGGGUUGGUGGCGAUUACCCUCUUUCUGCAGUUAUAACUAGUGAAUUUGCAACUACAAAAAGAAGAGGUGCUAUGAUAGCAGCAGUAUUUGCCAUGCAAGGAUUUGGAAUUCUUGCUUCAGCAUUGAUUUCAUAUAUAACACUGCUUGGAUACAAAUCUUACAUUGAAUCAAACAUCCAAGCGCUAGAUUAUUGUUGGCGCAUAGUUAUUGGACUUGGUGCGGUUCCUGCCUUUGUGGCACUUUAUUACCGUUUGACUAUACCAGAAACACCUAGAUUUACAAUUGAUAUCGAGGGAAAUUAUGAUCAAGCAUCAAAAGAUGUUAUUACUUACAUACCAAAAUCCGAGGAUGAUAAUACUGUUAGUGCAACAACAACUGUAGCUGAAUCACAAGUUAUUAAUCCACUUGACUCAACAUCAGAAAAAAAAUCGUCAAAUUUUUACACAUGGGGUGAAUUUUGGAGUCAUUUCGGUCAAUGGAAACAUGGAAAAGUUUUAUUAGGAACCUCAUUGUCUUGGUUUGCAUUGGAUGUGGCAUUUUAUGGUCUUGGGUUGAAUAAUGCAAUUAUAUUGGAUGCUAUAGGUCUUUCAAGUAAGACUGAUGAUCAAUUCACUGGAUUGGCAAAUAUUGCUCUUGGAAACGUUGUAAUAACCUUAUUAGGUACCAUACCUGGUUAUUGGGUUACCGUUUUUACUGUUGAUAAAAUUGGUAGAAAAACAAUACAAUUGCUUGGUUUCACUAUGUUAACCAUACUUUUUAUCAUACUUGGAUUUGGUUAUCAUGCCAUACUUGAUAAAUCUGUAGUUUUAUUCAUUUUCUUCCAAAAUUUUGGACCAAAUACUACAACAUUCAUAAUACCAGGUGAAGUAUUUCCAACAAAAUAUAGAUCAACAGCUUUUGGUAUUUCAGCAGCAUCUGGAAAAUUUGGUGCCAUAGUGGCACAAAUUGGCUUCUUUCAAAUGAAAGAUAUUGGUGGAAAAAAUGCCUUCCUUCCACAUUUAUUUGAAAUAUCUGCAUUAAUUAUGUUUAUCGGAUUAUUGGCUACAUUUUUAGUACCUGAAACUAAAGGAAUAAGUUUGGAGGAUUUGGCAGGUGAAAAUGAUGACAUAGAUGUGACUGAGAUCAGUGAUAAUGAUGUUAAUGGUAAUUCUGAUAGUAAAAAUAAUAGUAAAAUUGUUGAAAAAACUAAUUAA